AGACCGGGCCUAGCCAUUACCGGACAGCGUUUCCUCCGCAGGCCCGGGCCACCAGGGAGCUGGGCGCUGCCGCAAAAUGGCGGCCGCGAGCUCGAGGCUGCGCCUAGUGAAAUGGCGGGAGUGCAGGGUGCCCGGAUGCAGUGGCGCAGGGCGCGCGCGGGGCGCAUGCGCGCGGCGGGGGCGGGGCCAUGUGGCGUCCCGGGUCCCCUGGGCCGGUCCCGGGCGGCGGGGCUCGGGGUUUGCCCCACUUGCUCUCGGAACGCACGGUGUAGGGUGCCGUCGCGGAUUCGGGCUGAUGCUCCCGGCCCAGCUUGUUCCCACGGCUCACGCCGCGCUUGGCGCCCGAGUGGGCAGGGCCUCCACACGUGGCCUUUGUUUUCGGAGCUCUCGGGCGGUCGUCCCCGCGCCUCGGCCGCCAUGGCGUCGGACGAAGGCAAGCUUUUCGUUGGAGGGCUGAGUUUUGACACCAACGAACAGUCGCUGGAGCAGGUCUUCUCGAAAUACGGGCAGAUCUCCGAAGUGGUGGUGGUCAAAGACAGGGAGACCCAGCGCUCCCGGGGGUUCGGGUUUGUCACCUUCGAGAACAUCGAUGACGCCAAGGAUGCUAUGAUGGCCAUGAAUGGCAAGUCUGUAGAUGGGCGGCAGAUCCGAGUGGACCAGGCUGGCAAGUCGUCUGACAACCGGUCCCGUGGGUACCGAGGUGGCUCUGCUGGGGGCCGGGGCUUCUUUCGUGGAGGCCGGGGCCGAGGCCGUGGGUUCUCCAGAGGGGGAGGGGACCGAGGCUACGGGGGAAGCCGGUUCGAGUCCAGGAGUGGGGGUUACGGCGGCUCCAGAGACUACUACAGCAGCCGGAGUCAGGGUGGCGGUUAUGGUGACCGGAGCUCGGGCGGGUCCUACAGAGACAGCUACGACAGUUACGGUAAGUCAUGCUCCGAGGGCGCCACGCUUCCGUGGUCUGCUGUGGGAGCGUGUGACCACCAUGCUCAGGUCUGUCACUGUGCUGGCCCGGAAGGAACCAGUCCUCUCAGCUUUCCUGCCACGGAGCAUAAAGCCAAAUCUAAGCAACCGAACCGGAGAGGGAGAGCGAGGGCCCGCGCCGCCUUGUCGGUGCCCAGUGCCUGUGCGGCCACCGGCUCCCUGGGCGUGGGGGGUGGCAGCGCCUGGCCGCGCCGGCACGGUCCAGCCGGAGCAGAGUGCUGCGUCGUCGCGUGCUUCCGCGCCUUUACACUGUGCCUGCUUCUUGUCCUCAGCCACACACAACGAGUAAAGCCUUCCUGCUCAAGAUCGUCCCUCCGAGGCUGUGUGUUUUCAGAGCUUGGGAGCUGCGCUGAGUCGUUCUGUGUAGUGGACACCUCCUGUAUUCCCACUUUUGUAGUCGUUUCCGUUGAUCUGGGCGGACCCAGCCGGCCGCUGCAGACCCCACAUGGCCUCGUUCUGAGACUUCUUUUUAGGAAGCGCUGUCCGUUUUAAGGGUCUUAAGAACGCUUGGAAAGCACUUCAGGUUUUGUUCUUUUUACCAUGAGCCAUGAGUUAAAUCGUCAGGGGUUUUGCGGGCUUACAGUUUUUCGUUUUUUCUUCCGGUUGUGCUGCCUUUUUGUUUUUAGUGGGGUCGGCCCGUGAAGUUGGGCGCCCCAGUUCACGUCUCGGAGACUGAACGGACCCUGAGUCUGCUCUGUCGGGAGCUGAGCCAGCGGUGGCUUUUCCAGCUCCGUGUGCCGUUUGAGUGUAGCGUGGUAGGGCACGCCCCGCCCCGGGCCGUGGCAGAGGUCCCUGGAGCCCGACCUGCACGCCCGUGGCUGUGCACCCCGGAGGUUGUUGAAGAUGUUAAUUUAUAUUGUCCUUUUUUACCGAAGACGUACGCAUCCUCCAUCGACGUCGUACCUGCAGUGGCUGAGGAGCUCUUGUACGCAGUUUUCUUUGGCUUCACGAAGCCGAUUAAAAGACCGUGUGAAACGAACCUUGCUCUGACACCUUCCCUUUACUCGCACAACACGCUCCCGACAGACAGAGCGUGGGCUGCAGGGCGUAGGCCCACGGAGCGCAGGGCAGGAAGGCAGGGCGACCGACGGGGCGGGCCUGGCAACAGCUGACUGCCACUGUCCCCUUAGGCCAGUGAGGUGGGUGACGCAAGGCAGCUCAGACUGAGGGGAGCCCCGGGAGGCUUCUGACAGUGGCAGCCAGAGGGCUCGACAGGGAGGGCAGGGCAGCAGGGACAGCAAACACCCGGGCACCCGACGCUGACCCGACGGCUGUAGUCAGGAGCCCCCAGGGGCGGUGGGCGCGGUGUCCCCGGGGACCAACGCGGGCCGGUAGCCAGCCUGCUG